UUGAUAUUUCUACUUUUGGAGUUACAUUAUUUAACACAAAUAACAUGUUAGGUUGUUUUCUAAAUGCCGUUUUGUGAUAAUUAAUCUUUGAAACCCCAUACAUUUCCUUUAGAGGUACUUAUGAAAACGUUUUUAUCGUCAACAUAUAUUCCAAGCCUUAUUAAACUAAUAAAAACUUCUUUCCGUUUCUAAUGUAUAUACAGGUUAUAUUUUUAAUUAAAUCUCGGUUAAAAACUUUUCUUUUUUUAAAUUUUAUUUUCAGGAAUUCCACAUCAUGAUUACCAUCACUCCAAAUACAAAUCCUAUUAAUAAUAUCAAUCCGGCGAAUAGAUACCAACCUAAUGGAAAUGUUGCACAAAGAUUUCAGAAUCCUGCUAGGCAAAAUUUCUUUCAACCUUUUCGAGCCUACAGACAGGGCGGAAAUGGACCGUUGGUUUUUGAUCCUGAAUUUGAUGGCAAAAGGCUUAGAAAGUCUGCUAUGCGAAAAACUGUUGAUUACAAUGCUGCAAUUAUUAAAAUGUUGGAGGCUCGUGUCUGGCAACGAGAUUACAGAGAUAGAAGGUGUUUGCAGCCAGAUGCAAUGUUCAUUCCAGAUUUGAUGCCCCCCUCAAUUUAUGAGGAUAACCCCAUAAAUGCUGUAACUACAAGAUUUGUUAAAACAGCGACCAAUAAAAUGCGCUGUCCUAUAUUUUGUAUGGCAUGGACUCCAGAAGGACGUAGAUUAGUAACAGGUGCUUCCUCCGGUGAAUUCACUCUUUGGAACGGCUUAACGUUUAAUUUUGAAACAAUUUUACAGGCUCAUGACACGCCCGUGCGAACGAUGGUUUGGUCUCAUAACGAGAUGUGGAUGGUGACGGCAGAUCACGCUGGCUACGUCAAGUAUUGGCAGUCUAACAUGAACAAUGUGAAAAUGUUCAUGGCCCACCAGGACGCUAUUCGAGGGAUCAGUUUUAGCCCCAGCGACAGUAAAUUUGCUUCUUGUUCCGACGAUGGAACUAUAAAAAUCUGGGAUUUUUAUAGGUGUCAAGAAGAAAGAACAUUACGAGGUCAUGGAGCUGAUGUGAAAUGUGUUCAUUGGCAUCCGCAGAGAGCCCUGAUUAUAUCAGGGAGCAAGGACAAUCAACAGCCUGUAAAGCUAUGGGAUCCAAAAAGUGGCACGUCACUUGCUACCAUACAUGCGCACAAGAGCACAGUCAUGGACGUGAAAUGGAAUAAUAAUGGAAACUGGUUCGUCACCGCUAGUAGAGACCACUUGUUGAAAUUAUUUGAUAUCCGAAAUGUAAAUACUGAAGUGCAAGUUUUUCGGGGGCAUAAGAAAGAAGCUAGUAGUGUAGCUUGGCAUCCAAUACACGAGGGACUGUUUUGCAGCGGCGGUUCAGAUGGGGCGAUACUCUUUUGGCAUGUUGGUGCUGAAAAAGAAGUUGGUGCUAUAGAACAAGCUCACGAUAGUAUUGUUUGGACUUUAGCCUGGCAUCCGAUGGGUCAUAUUCUAUGUAGUGGAAGUAACGACCACACCAGCAAGUUCUGGACGAGAAACAGACCUGGUGAUUCAAUGAGGGACAAAUAUAAUCUUAAUACGAUACCUGCAUCUCUUUCAGGACUUGAAGAAGCUGAAAUUGAUGAAGUUCAGUCUGUAAUACCUGGUAUGGGACCGGAAGAUAAAGUUGAAGUUAAUACCUCACCUCUUCCUGGCCUAACUCCUGGCUCAAUUCCUGGUCUGGACGACUUGGAUUUAUCUGCAGAAGAUAAAGGAAAAACUCCAUCUAAAAAGGUGCCCUAUUCCAAACCUAUACCAAAGAACUUUCAAGCUCACUGGAAUGAUACUGGAAAGUUGGAAGAUUUAGAUGAUGACAGCAGAGAUGGGCUGGACCCAAUAGCUCUCAUCAAUCAACUUAUCGAACAACAGCCUGGUGUGAAACUUGUCAAAGAUUUAGAACCUGAGGCCUUAUACAUUUAUGGAAAAGUUCUGACAGUCGAGCCUGGUUCAGCCCUGGCAAAAGCAAUUUCUGAAGGAGGAGAGAAGCUUAUGAAAUACCUCAAUUCCGGAGCAGUGAAAGAACUAAGAGAUGUUAUUCCGCAUUAUGAUGAUAACGCUGACACAUUCAUUGGAGAUAGUGAUCCUGAUGAAAACGAUCAGCAGGAAAUGGAAAUCAUAGAAGAUGUUGGACCACCGCCAUUACCUAUCACAUCUAGUCCCAAUCCAAACCCACCUGUGCCAAUGCCUCCUGUGAAUUCAGGCCCACCUGCUACGGCACCAACUAUGAACCUUCCUCCUUUGAUGGGCGUCGGUGUUGGGUCUGCUCCCGGGCCGGGACCUGGACCGGUACCUGGUCCGAGAAUGUUCAACAGUGCGCAACAUAAUAGUUACCAGCCUCCGGGGAUGAUGGGUGGUCCUUACAACCAGCCCCCACCUCCGUCGAUGCAGCAGCCAUACGAGAUGUACCGAGCGCCUCCACCACCCCCGCCUCAGCAGCAACCCCCUUAUGAUAUGCACAGAGAAAGGCGACCACCAAAUUACUGGCAAGAAGGCGAAUUUGAUGAUAAAAGAAGUGAGGAUUCAAGAGAAGCUUGGGACGAAGAAGAAGAUUAUCAAGAAAAUGGUUAUAGGGAAUAUCAGGAACGCCCAGCUUACCCACAGCGAGGCAAUUAUUCACGAAACAGAAGAGGGUGGUACAGAGGAUCGAGGCAGCAAAGAGGUCUUACCCACUAGAUUUGUUUUGUGUAAGUAUUAAUUCAUUUUAAUUCGCCAAAGGAAUUAUAUAACCAAGUUUAAGGUGUAUUAUAACUAUGUAUAAAAAUUGGUGAUACGAGACUCCUUCAGAAAGUUUAUAUGAUAUUGUAUAUAUUAUAUGUAUCUAUAUGUCUGAUGUUGAUAAUUUUUCUUUAUGAAUUUUUGAACCCAUUCAAAAGUUUCCAUUAUUCUUUAUAUUUAUAAAUGGGAUUCCCUCCACGAUUUGAAAUGUUAUAAAUUAUUGUUUUUAAUUUACAACAUUUAUAAGAAUUCUUUUCUGCUCUGCAAAUUGUAUUUUCUUACUAUUAAUAAUGGUUUGGUUUUAUAAAACAAUUAUUAUCAUUGUUUUGGAAGUUUAUUUUAUUUUAUUCAAAUGGAUGUGUUAUAUUUUAAUUAAUUAAUCGGAAUUUUCAUAUAUGUUUCUAUUUUUCAUCCUUUAAUCUGUAUUUAAAUAUAGUUGUAUAUAUGUUAGCAUCUGAUCAUCUGGAAUUGUUCAAAUAGAUUUUUUAAUAACACAUAUUUAUUCGUAAGUAAUUAAAAGGUUUUUGAAAUAUAAAUUUUUACGUAUGUGUAAGUAUGUUGUGUUGUUGAAAAAAG